AUGGCUAACUCUUUUACGCGACUGGUGACGGGCCGCAACUCUGCCGCCCUGCUGGCCACUUUGGGGGCGGGCACUUUAGCGACCGGCCUCCUGUUGAGCGACAGUAGCUCUUUGGCAGCGGAGGCCAGGAAGAAGCUCUAUCCUGCUAGCUCCGACUUCCCUGACCUGCGUAAACACAACAACUGCAUGGCGACGGCGCUGACGCCCGCUAUUUACGCCAAAUUGCGGGACAGGGUCACCCCCAACAACUGGACCUUGGACCAGUGCAUCCAAACGGGCGUGGAUAACCCCGGCCACCCGUUUAUCAAGACCGUGGGCUGCGUGGCGGGUGACGAGGAGAGCUAUGAGGUGUUUGCGGAUCUCUUUGACCCGAUUAUUAUGGACCGCCACAACGGUUACGACCCUAGAACCAUGACCCACCCCACUGACCUGGACGCCUCCAAGCUGACUCACGGCAUGUUUGACGAAAACUACGUGCUGUCGUCUCGAGUGCGCACGGGUCGUAGCAUCCGCGGUCUCAGCCUCCCGCCCGCCUGUAGCCGGGCGGAACGCCGCGAAGUAGAGCGCGUGGCUGUCACGGCGCUGGCCGGCCUCAAGGGGGACCUGGCGGGUCGCUACUACAGCCUGGGAGAGAUGACCGAGAGCGAACAGCAGCAGCUCAUUGACGACCACUUCCUGUUUGACAAGCCCGUGUCGCCCCUGUUGACAUGUGCCUUCAUGGCGCGAGACUGGCCGGACGCCAGAGGCAUCUGGCACAACAACGAGAAGACCUUCCUGAUCUGGAUCAACGAGGAGGACCACACCAGAGUCAUUUCCAUGGAGAAGGGGGGCAACAUGAAGAGGGUCUUUGAGAGAUUCUGCAGAGGACUCAAGCAGGUGGAACACCUGAUUCAGGAGAGGGGCUGGGAGUUCAUGUGGAACGAACGCCUGGGCUACAUCCUCACAUGCCCCUCCAACCUGGGCACGGGCCUCAGGGCGGGCGUGCAUGUGCGCCUCCCCAAACUCAGCAAGGAUCCACGCUUCUCCAAGAUCUUGAACAACCUGCGUCUGCAGAAGAGGGGCACAGGCGGCGUGGACACGGCAGCCACAGGCGACACUUUCGACAUUUCCAACAACGACCGUCUGGGCAAGUCUGAGGUGGAGCUGGUACAGCUGGUGGUGGACGGCGUCAACUACCUGAUCGAGUGCGAGAAGCGGCUGGAGAAGGGCCAGGACAUCAAAGUCCCGCCUCCCGUCACCAUGUCUCGCAAAUAG